AUGUCUGAGCCUCCGCGCCAGAAAAGGAUACUCAGUUGGGCAUUGUCUAAAAAGGUUCCACCGAUAACCCAAGAGGAAGAUCGUCUUGAAUAUCCAUUCAAACGUGCGAAUAUCCUCUCGAAGAUUUUCUUCUCAUGGCUAGACCCACUACUCCACAAAGGUUACCGAAGAACCCUUGAGCCCGAGGACUUAUGGUACUUAACUGACGAACUCAAACUGGAACACUACUAUUCCGUUUUUCUUGCCCAAUUCGAGCCAGAUCUGGCAGCUCGACGCGAGGCUCACCUCGAGGCCAAAUGUAAAGCGCGUGGUGAAACGUUCGAAACGUCAACUGUGACCGAGGACGAAGACCUUGCGGAUUUUGUGUAUCCAUGGCCAAAGUUUGGCCUUAUCUUACUCAAGACGUUCUUUCGCCAAUAUGUGGGUGCCUGCGUGCUCAAAACGAUUGGUGAUCUCGCUUCUACAACAGCUCCUCUUUUACAAAAGGCCCUGAUCAACUACGUGACGAAACGUGCCAAGGGCCUGGAGCCCAAUGUGGGAACAGGAGUUGGCUAUGCCAUUGGCUGUGCUCUUUUCGUGACCCUGGAAGGGCUUAUGGUUAACCAUUACUUUUACCACGCCAUGGUGACGGGUUCACAGGUUAAAGCCAUUCUUACCAAGUUCAUGCUGGAGAAAUCUUUCAGACAGACGGGCAGAUCUCGCCACGAUUUUCCUACCGGUAAAGUGAAUUCAAUCAUGGGAACUGAUCUGGCAAGAAUCGACUUUGCCAUUGGGUUUCUUCCGUUUUUAUUCUGUUUCCCAGUUCCGGCAAUCGUUUCGAUUGUUUUGUUGAUUAUCAACAUCGGUCCUUCGUCAUUGGUAGGAAUCGCAAUUUUCUUUUUGGCUCUGAUAGCGCUUGGUUCUACCAUCAAAAGACUGAUGUUCUUCCGGCUUCGUGCCAACAAGUUCACCGAUGGACGGGUGAAUUUGGUGAAGGAGCUACUCAAGAACUUCAAGAUGAUUAAGUACUAUUCGUGGGAACCGUCGUAUGUAAAGAAUAUCGAGGAGACCCGUACUGCGGAGAUGCACAAUGUGUUUUUGAUGCAAAUCAUGCGGAACAUUAUGGUGGCUUUCGCCAUCGCGUUGCCCACUGUGUGCUCGAUGAUCUCGUUUUUGGUGCUUUACGGUAUCAACUCGUCGCGCAGCGUCGCCGAUAUCUUUUCAUCCCUGACGCUGUUUCAGGUGUUAGCAAUGCAACUGAUUAUGGUGCCCUUAGCCCUUGCUUCCGGAUCAGAUGCUCUCAUAGGUAUCAGGCGUGUUUUGGAGUUCGUGUGUUCUGGUGACAUAGACGAGGAAGAUUCACAGGUUGAGCUCUCCCUCAUCAAGGAGAAGAUGGAAAGUUCCGGCUCGGUAUUGCGCGUAGUCAACGCUAGUUUUGAAUGGGAAACGUUUGAUGCUGACGAAGAGGACAUUGCUUCAACUAACGAGUCAGUCUCUGAAAAUGAACGGAAGCCCGAUCCGUCAUUGGAGGGUCUCGAAAGCACGAGUUUCCCUGGACUGAACAACAUAAACCUGGAUAUUCGUAAAGGCGAGUUUGUUGUGGUUACAGGCCUCAUUGGGUCGGGCAAGUCCUCUUUAUUGUAUGCCCUCUCUGGCUUCAUGCACCGCACACAAGGCCAUGUGGCCACUAUUGGAGAUCUAUUGCUCUGCGGUAACCCCUGGAUCCAGAAUGCCACUGUUAAGGAUAAUAUCUCUUUCGGAAUGCCGUUUGACCAGCAAAAGUACGAUAAUGUGAUCCAUGCGUGCUCUUUGGAGGCUGAUCUGGACCUCCUACCGGCUGGAGAUCACACCGAGGUCGGUGAAAGGGGUAUUACGCUGUCCGGAGGUCAAAAGGCAAGACUUAAUCUUGCACGUGCAGUCUAUGCUGAUCGUGAUAUCAUUCUUUUGGAUGAUAUUCUCAGUGCUGUGGAUGCACGUGUUGGAAAACACAUCAUGGACGAGUGUCUUUUGGGGCUUUUGAAGGACAAAACGCGUCUGCUGGCUACACACCAGUUGUCGCUGAUUUCUGCUGCUGAUCGCGUGAUUUUCCUAAAUGGAGAUGGCUCUAUUGAUGUGGGAACUACUGCCGAAUUGCUUGCCCGUAAUGAGGGCUUUACCAAAUUGAUGGAGUUUAGCACGCAGGAGAAAAACGACACUACAACCGAAUCAGGUGAAGCUGCUCAUUCCGGACCAGAACUAGAAGAUGAGAAGGAACUGAUCAGAAUCCAAACCCUUACUAAAUCGCUGGCUGAAGCCGAAUCAAAUUCCGACUAUCAACACAAAGAUGCAGACGGUGUGCUAAUGCAGUUAGAAGAUCGUGCUGUUAACGCGAUCGAGUUAGGGGUCUACGGAAAAUACCUCAAAUUGGGUGCGGGUGCGUUCGGUAUUGGAAUCAUACCUUUAUUGCUGGGUCUAGUGGCUUGCUCCGUUUUUUGCUCGCUCUUCACCAACACGUGGUUGACGUUUUGGACCGAGAAGAAGUUCGAUCGCAGCAAUGGCUUUUUUAUCGGUAUUUACGUGAUGUUCACCAUGCUCACAAUUGUAUUCAUGGUGCUGGAAUUUUCGUUGUUGGUAUAUCUUACCAAUACAGCCUCCAGACUUCUGAAUAUUUAUGCCAUCAGACGACUAAUGCACGUGCCUAUGUCGUUCAUGGAUACUACGCCUAUGGGAAGAAUUCUCAACAGGUUUACCAAGGAUACGGAUGUGCUAGAUAAUGAGCUUCCCGAGCAAAUCAGAUUGUUGGUCCACUUCACGGGAACUAUCACCGGAAUAUUGGUUCUUUGUAUCAUAUAUUUGCCGUGGUUUGCGAUCUCAGUACCUAUUCUGGCAUUUUGUUAUAUUGCCUGCGCUUCCUAUUACCAAGCAUCGGCUCGUGAGGUCAAACGGAUAGAAGCUCUACAGAGAUCAUUCGUGUAUUCCAACUUCAACGAAACGUUGCAAGGAAUGGAGGUUAUCACGGCGUAUAAGGCUGAAAAGCGGUUCAUUGCUCGCAAUGAUGCCUUGAUUGACAAAAUGAACGAGGCUUACUAUUUGACUUUUGCAAAUAUGCGUUGGUUGUCUAUCAGAAUCGACGUCUUGGCGGCGGUGCUGGUUCUAAUCGUAUCGCUUCUUUGCGUGAUGAGAGUGUUUCACAUCUCGCCGGCCUCUGUUGGUUUGUUGCUCUCUUAUACCCUGAAUAUUGCGGGAAUGAUGUCCAUGUUGCUGAAUGUCUCUACACAGAUUGAGAACGAGAUGAAUUCGGUGGAAAGAUUGGAAUAUUACGGCUUUAGAGUUGUCCAGGAAGCUCCGUUCAAGAUCUCUGAAAAGACUCCACCCCCUGAAUGGCCCCACGAUGGCCGUAUUCAAUUCGAAAAUGUGACAUUGUGCUACCGCCAAGGUUUGCCUGCGGUGUUGAAGAACCUGAAUAUGGACGUGAAGGGCGCAGAGAAGAUUGGAAUUUGUGGACGUACUGGUGCCGGAAAGUCGUCGAUUAUGACGGCGCUGUACAGACUUGCAGAGAUGGAAUCCGGAGGUCGCAUCUUGAUUGAUGAUAUUGACAUAAGUACGCUUGGAUUGCAUGACUUGAGAUCGAGGCUAUCGAUUAUUCCGCAGGAUCCAGUUUUGUUCCGCGGCAGCAUCCGGGGCAAUUUGGAUCCUUUCCACGAACAUAAAGACGAGCUCUUGUGGGAUGCGUUGCGCAGAAGUGGUCUGAUCGAAGGUUCAAAGCUGGAUCAGGUCAAACACCAGACCCUUGACGAUGAGAAUCUGCAUAAGUUUCACCUAGGUCAGAACGUUGAGGACGAUGGAACUAAUUUCUCGCUUGGAGAGCGCCAAUUACUCGCUCUAGCGCGUGCUUUGGUUCGUAACUCCAAGAUAUUGAUCUUGGAUGAGGCCACUUCCUCGGUGGACUACGAGACUGACUCUAAGAUCCAAACCACUAUCUCCACUGAGUUUGCCGGAUGUACCAUCAUGUGCAUUGCUCAUAGACUCAAGACGAUUGUGAAUUACGACCGGAUCUUGGUGCUAGAUAAGGGUGAGAUUAGCGAGUUUGACAAACCAUGGGCAUUGUUUCAGGAUGAGAGCACAAUCUUCAGACAAAUGUGUAACAAGUCUGGUGUUGUAGCUGAGGAUUUUGAAAAACAAAACUAG